AUGGAAUCUACCAAACUACACAAACAACGGCAAAAAGCCGUCCAGCCGAGCCAGUCCUCCACGGAACGCUUGAUGCAGCUCGGCCCGCCAUCGCUCCUGGCCUUGCUGGCUGGUGGUCUUAUCUUGAUCUUUGCCAGUCUUAAUGCUCUCACUGCGCCUGGAAGCCGGAAGGAGGGCAGGUCGGUGGACCUUCUGAAUUCUGGAAUGCGGUUCAGAGUGGGUGCUCUACUCUCUAUUCAGAUGUGGACUGCCAUCAUCGGUGUCGGGUUUGGACUCCUCUCAUAUGGGUUCAGCGAGGCCCAUGUCCACCUCUUCGAUUGGUGGUGUACUCGUCAAGCCGCCAGGAAUUCUGGCUUAGACUACGGCAGAUACCUAAACACCUUGCCGAGAGCACCUGUGGUCUACGGUGUUCGGGGAUUUGUCAAGUUUGCCACACUUCGCUAUCUCGUCAUCGCGUUGUCUGUGGGGGUGUCGAUCGGAUAUAAAUUUGGGAUAAUGCAGGUCCCGGUUGACACGUACGAGAACCUCGACGCAAAAGACUUUACUGAAGUAUCAGCCGGCGUCUAUAUUUCAGACGGGGUAACCGACAUCAAUGUGGGGUGGCUCAUCGACAAGCCGGCAUAUGAGAACAACAAGCAGUUCGUCCACCAGCUGAAUUAUACGCACCGCAACCAGCCCCCUCAAAGUGUCGUUUUGACCAGGUCUCUAUUGUGCACGAAUAACCAAGGUUACUUUGGGAGCAAUGGCCAAGGAAUUAUGACUUUUCGAGAGCUCGUCCUCGUUUCUGAUUUAGAAGAGGAACAAGGGGACUUCUACAUGACUGAAAGUCAGACAAAUUGGUACCGCGUCGAGUCACAGAGCCAGCAUUGGUUUGAUAGUGAGACGGAAGAGGCAGCAGUGGUGGAGUACCGCGUCCCAGAGCCUGGGAAGAUGCAGAUCCAGUGGGCUCGCACCGGUGACUGGGUCAAGAAUAGUAACGGUGGCUCGCAAAGGGUUCAUCGUCGCUUAAACUAUACCAUACGUUAUGCGGUGGCUGAGGUCCGAAGAGGGAGGAACUCCAACGGUUGCGGCUAUCUGAACGGUACUCUGCCUCUUGAUGAGAACAUCCGUUUUCUGUCACACGGCUCAUCAACCAAAUUCACUCGCCUUGAUGACAAAGAGAUGCAGUUCUGGACCUUUUCCGAAUCUCGUCCUUUGAUUGAAGCCCUUGUUAUGAAUGGGGGUUCAUCCGUGGAGUCUGGCGUUAGUAGUCUUGUCCGGGGCAUCAUGACGAUUCAAGACCGAUACAACGAGGCAUUAUCCAAGAAAUACAAUACUCCGUCGGUCAACUUUGAACCCACUGAUUCUACGAUUGAGCGUCUUGAUCCAGCUCUGGGCCCCGAUGACGAAGCACUUGGUCGACGUGCAAAAGAAGUGCCAUACUUGAGCUAUCCAUACUACCAAGGCACCCGGUCAAUCGGAGCCAUCGGUUUACAUAUUGGUGCCGCCAUUAUAUUUUGUCUCGUCGGCAUCAUAGCCCUUGUUACUUUGGGUGUUCGGAUAUGGGUAGGUCCACCUACGCUCACCUCAUGGAUUGCACAGCAUAUCCACCUGUCACAAAUCGGCGUUUUGUCGUUAGAAGAUGACCAGAAGACCCUGGAAAACCCUUACCUAGCUGCUCCUCAUGAUCUUUGGAGGCUUCACACGAAAGGAUACCGUGAAUUAGAAGACUCGGAAACAUCCGAUACAGAGCUGGACGAAUUUCAUAUGCCGCCGCAGAGGCCUCGGCCAUUUUAG